GCAACAGAGUGCUUUGAAGAGAGUGCCAGCUCUCGAUUCAACUCGAGCCUCUUUGCUCGAGCUGAUGUCUCUUCGGAAGGGGCUCGCCGACAUAUAUGGAACGAAUUGCAAACUCUCUCUCGAUUGUCCAAGAUUGACCCACCUGUGAUACCCCGUAUCAUGGGCCUAUGGGGUGGUCUUCAAAGAGGUAAAGAAGUGUGGGUGCUUGUCAUGGAGGAUGCUGGGGAAGAGCUGGACCUAUUCAAUUCAGAAGACGCUUCUGUUCAAUCUUACGUAGCAGAAGCUGACAGAGCCGCUAUCGUCAGCAUGUACGAUCGUCUCCACGAGAAUGGAGUUCUGCACGGGGAUGUUCAGCCACGACAUUGGCGUCGCCGCCUAGUAGACAAAUCCGAUCCCACCGCUAUCAGAUUCAUCGAUUUUGAUAGAGCCAUUCUUCGAUCGUUUGUCUCUGAAGCGAUGUGGGAAAAGUGUAAGCGAAGGGAACGAAUAACCAUCCAGAGUAAGAUCACGGGUGAUCAUAAUUUGACAUAUGAUUUCCCCUCCCUUCCCUCAUCCGCUACAAAUUCGGAUGUGAAUGACGAUACCGGCACGGUUGAAGCCAGAUACCCAUUGGGAUAUGUCAAUGGGCGGGAACCAUAUCACUCCUAUGGUCUGCAGAACUUUGAACCACUUGGAUACGGGAGUUUUCAAUCCCCAUGGCUUGCUCUGACUCAGAUUUCCCAUUUCGCAUGAUUCUGGUCUUCUUCCCCACGAUAGCCGCAUGCAACAUCUAUAUUCAU